GGCAAGAAGACAGAGGGGACCCCCAACCAGGGCAAGAAGACAGAGGAGGCCCCCAACCAGGGCAGGAAGGCAGAGGGGGCCCAGAACCAGGGCAAGAAGACAGAGGGGGCCCCCAACCAGGGCAGGAAGACAGAGGGGGCCCCCAACCAGGGCAAGAAGGGAGAGGGGGCCCCCAACCAGGGCAAGAAGGGAGAGGGGGCCCCCAACCAGGGCAGGAAGGCAGAGGGGACCCCCAACCAGGGCAAGAAGACAGAGGGGGCCCCCAACCAGGGCAAGAAGGCAGAGGGAGCCCCCAACCAAGGCAAGAAGACAGAGGGGACCCAGAACCAGGGCAAGAAGACAGAGGGGACCCCCAACCAGGGCAAGAAGACAGAGGGGGCCCCCAACCAGGGCAAGAAGACAGAGGGGGCCCAGAACCAGGGCAAGAAGACAGAGGGGGCCCAGAACCAGGGCAAGAAGGGAGAGGGGGCCCCCAACCAGGGCAAGAAGACAGAGGGGCCCCAGAACCAGGGCAAGAAGGGAGAGGGGGCCCAGAACCAGGGCAAGAAGACAGAGGGGGCCCCCAACCAGGGCAAGAAGACAGAGGGGCCCCAGAACCAGGGCAAGAAGGGAGAGGGGGCCCAGAACCAGGGGAAGAAGGCAGAGGGAACCCCCAACCAGGGCAGGAAAGCGGAGGGGGGCCAGAAUCAGGGCAAAAAGGCAGAUUCGGUUGCUAAUCAGGGCACAAAGGCGGAGGGUGUUGCAAACCAGGGGAAAAAAGCAGAAGGGGCCCCCAAUCAAGGCAAAAAGGCAGAGGGAACCUUGAACCAGGGCAGAAAGUCAGAAGGGUCCCCCAACCAGGGCAAAAAGGUGGAUGCAUCUGCCAACCAGGGUAAAAAGGCAGAGUCAGCUCCUAUGCAGGGCAAAAAUGCAGAUAUGGUCCAGAGCCAGGAGGCACAAAAGCAAGAAGCUCCUGUGAAGAAGAAGUCUGGGUCUAAGAAAAAAGGUGAGCCUGUUCCACAGGGCCAGUGGCUACUUGUUCGGACAGUGCAGAUGAAGACCAUCUCCAUCAGCACAGAAGGUUCUACUGGACAAAGCUUUUCUAAACAAGAGCCAUCGGGAAUGAGGGGGCCUCUUGGGUCACCUUGCAGGAGGCCCCGUGAAAAUGGACUUGUCUUUGCAGCCCUGUGGUGGCGUCAGGAGUUCCUCCGUCUUUGUUCCGUCUGUGUCCUGAGUGGGGUGGGAGUGAGCUCCCCGUCGCCCCACACAUCAUGGAAGCCGUGAGAGAGCUCCCAGAGCCUAUGGCUAGCCCACACACGUGGCAUGUCAGCAGCAAGAGCAGCCCUGGAGCUGGGGUGGCUCCCGCAGUUG